AUGUUUCCUGGGUCCACCAAGUGGGAUAGAGAUCUUCUCCAACUGGCUCGUCCGUGCGUCCAAUCGUCAGGUCUAUCCUACCAUAUGGCUAAUCGACAUCCUUGGAGUUAUAUUAUGCAAUGUCUCUGGGACAAUAUCGGCGCUACGAUUUUGCUCACCAAAGUUGUGCGAGCGGCAGAUUUCCCGGAUCAUAGCAACCGCGCGGCCGCGAUCGCUUUGGCGGUAGCGAGCAAUAUUGGUGCUGUGAGUUUUACGUUUAGCGCGAGUCUUGCGGGAUUGUUGUGGAAGCAGAUUUUGGAGAAGAAAGGGAUUUAUGUGAAACAAACGACGUUUUCGUAUUGGAAUAUUUUGCCGCUGAUUGUGAUGACGGGUGUGGGUCUUGCAGUCGUCUGCGCAGAGAUGGCGGUCUUGUUUCAGCCAUGAAAUUUCACUAUAAAAUGUAUCGCGCUCAACAUCUAGAAAACGAAAUCAUCAUGAGGCUUGCGUUGCCGCGAUUCUAAUGCUUUCAAUUGAAAUUUGGUCCCCUCAGGGGAACCGGUUAUGUCUCGAAAGACACUCACAAUUCAUUUGUGAUGGGAGGUGAAUAGGAGGACCAAGGCUGUUAUGCUGCGAGGUACGCUCGCUCUUAGAUGCGCAUCCGUUUCAUGAGAGAGCAUAACCAGAUUACUUGGAGAUUAACUAUCUGCACGCAGUUCUGAGUCGUGUACAGGGAACGGUGAAGGUCAAG